AUGCUCAACUUUACUUUCUUCCUCCUCAUGCUGGUCAUGCUUCCAUUCGCCCUUUGCGCUCCAGGCCCCUCGCCUGUCGAGAUAAUCUGCACAACAAUGCUCAGCGACGAGCUAAUAGCCAAUAUUGAUACCGCCAUCCAAAUCGUCAGAGAGCGCACUGAAGACUGCAGGCAGACAACCGCCGUAACUCGGCCCAACGACACCGAAUGCACGACUCUUGUACAGAGUGACGAAGGGGUUGGCAUCCUGAUAUGUGCGCCUGAAAAUGUCAGACGGCGCUGCGAUGUGAUCGCGACAGCACUGGAGAAGGUCGUCGAGAAGUGCCCCAAUAAGGAACCAAGGAAACCGGGCAACAAUGGCGGCGAAUAUAUCAUACACAUCGAUGGUGGAAAUAUCAAUUUCAAGUUGACUUGGUAG